AUGCUUUCGAUUGUUAACCCAAGAUUUAGAUUAUCCCCACUCUCAAAACCUGAACGUUAUUUAAAACGAUUGCACCCAAUUUUAAAAAGAUCCAUACAUAAACCCCCUUCAUACUUUUCAUAUUCGUCAAGCGAUUCUACACCCAAUGCACCCCAUAUACACACUGGCGCCGGUAAUGCUAAUAACAAUGUUAGAAAGCCGUUUUUAGAAUUUGCCAUGGUUAUAUCUGUCGUGGCAUUAUCAUUUUUUGCUAUAGAUAAUUAUCGUUCAAGGUUACAGUUAGAAGCAAAAUUGCAAAACUUGAUAUUUGAACAAACGAAACAACAUGAACUUUACACUAAACAAGUUAACGGGUUUAGAAGGAAAAGGGAAUUACAAAUUUUAAAUGAAAGAAAGUCAAUACAGAUUAGGGAGAUGAAAAUGGCAUUGCACAUUGCACUAUUGAGAAAGCAACUAAUUGAAAAUGGAAUAACUGAUCCGAUUAGCAUAGAUGAAGUUUUAAAAGAAUAUGGGGACAAAGUUAUGAUGGAGAAUAGUAUCAGUAAUAUAAGCGGCACUCAUUUAUGGUUAAAUGGUGAUGAGCAGAUGUUGAAAAAAUAUUUACCAAAUGUUAGGGAAUAUGAUUUAAAGGAUAUCAAUAAUAAUACCAGUAAUAUUAGUACAAAGAAUUAG